AUGCCACCCACAACCCCCUCCUCCUCCGCCUCGGCGAAGGUGCCGCACCGUAUCGUGUUCGACUCAGACGACUCGUCCUCGAGUGAUGGCGAAGGGCACAAAUGUGGUGGCGGCUCGCUCGCACAAGAGAUGACAGCCGCGGCAGAACGGGAGCUUCGCAAGAACCCGCACGCGGAGAGCGGUCGCGCCAGGCUGCCUCGUGCGCACCCGCUCGCUCCAUCAGGCACGUCUACUGUCAAGACGUCGUCGACCGCGGUGCCGCACAGGGCAGAAAAGAUGGACCUGUUCGGCAGUGACUCCUCCUCGUCCGACGCGGAGACAGAGGAAGAGGCGAAAGAUGCGAUGACGCCAACAACGGGGGAGUCGAGCCUGCAAACGUCUACAGCCGCGUCCCUCGCGCCAGCAUACGCGCGUGGCAAGGCAGACGGCUCCGCCAGCAAAACGGCACACAUCCAGGGUCUCUCUUUUCGGCGAGUUGAGGACGGCGAAGCAAACGGCAAGAGGCGUCCGCUGACAGGGGGCACUGAGGGUGGUGACGACGAGGAAAACAGCAGCGACGAGGAAGUCGUGCUGCACAUUAACAAAGCGUACGCGGCGCGUUACGAGGAGCAGAAGCGUAAGCAAGAGCUCCACACGUUGACGGAGAAGUACAAGGGGAAGCUUGGCAAGGCCGCCGCUCUCGGCUUCGGCGAUGACGACGACGAAAAGGGUGAGGAGGACAGUUCUGAUGACGAGGAGCUCGAGGAAGACGACGAUGCGGUGCUCCUCACUCAUGAAAACAACCUCAGCUUUGCCAAGGCUCUGUUGGCCGUGCGCAAGGCUACGGUGCCGCUCCGCAUCAGCAGGAGUGCCAAGAAGGGCAAAACGGCGGCGGCGGCUUCUGCUGCAGAGGAUGAGGACUCCCCCUCCUCACCCGCCGACUCCGAGCCCGCUGCGGAAGCCCUACUGCCCAAGGAGGAGCUCCUCAAGCAGCGUUUCUUUCCUCCCAUGGAGGAGCAGAUUCGUGUGAACACCAACGUCUUUGAGCGACGCAUGGCGCAGAAGCGGAGCAAAGCCGCUGGCAAGAGCAAGUUCACACUCGCCGAUGAGUACAAGCGUGCCCUCGAGGCCACCGCCGGGUCGGAGGAUGCCGUGGUGGACGACUCCAACGAGGCCGGCGAGCGCGACGGGCUGCGAAAGCUGCGGCCGCAGAACGCAGAGGAAGCAAAACUCCGCGCCGCUUUCUUGCGUGAUGUGGAGGACAGCACGAACAGCUUUGAAGUGGUCCGCGGCGCCACCUCAGAGUACGCGUCAGCACCAGCGGCGUCCAAUAGCAACGAGGACAGCGCGGACGAAGAUGAGCAGCCGCGCGGAGCCAGUGAGGACGAGAAGCGAUUGCUGGAGGAGGCGUUUGCGCUGAGCAUGUCCGCUGCCACUGCCAAGAAGAGUAGGAAGAAGCAGCAGCAGGGCGCCAGUGUCAAUGACGACGCAACUGAUAGUGAAGCAUUCCUGCGCGACUUCUUCAUCCAGGAACUCUGGCGCCCUGGCGCAACUCGGAAGAAGAGCAGGGCGCACAAACCCAGCGCCGACAGUGGCGAGGACUCAGAGGAAAGCGACGGAAAUGAAGAAGAAUCGGCCGGCUCAUACUACAACCGCCUCGCCCAACUCGCCCGUGAGGAGGAGGACGAGGCCUUCUUCAACAAUGCAGAGGUGUGGGAGCGGGAGUACCAAGAGAAGAAGUACCGCCACCAAGAAGCGGAAGAGGAAGCGGCCAACGGCGGCGCUUUGGCGGCACACGUGCAGACGUUUCCUCGCCCCAUUGGCGAGGCUGCGACGGGGCUACUCCGCAAGCCGGAUACCACGCGCAAGGACGCGCGGCAGCGGCGCCGCGAGCGCGCAGAGGCGGCACGUGCACAGCAGCUCGAGGAGCUGAAGCGACUGAAGCACCUGAAGCGGAAGGAGAUCGAAGACCAGCGUGUCCUCAUCGCGUCCGUCGCCGGCCUGAAAGCGGCGACCGCCGCGCAGUUUGGCGGGGAUGAGAAAGAGGAGGCUCAGCUGGCCAAGCUGAAGGCGGUGUGGUCGGACAAGGACCUCGACGCCCCAUUCGACCCGGCGGAGUUCGAUCGCAAGAUGGCGCAGCUCUUCGACGGCGAUUACUACGACGAGAAGAACGUCGACGAGGACGAGAUUGCGUACUUUGAUGAAGAGCUCGACAAGGAGUCCGGCGAGGACGACGAUGGCACGGCAGAGGUCAUCCGAGCUGGCGAGGCACCCGCGCUGUUUGCGGCGAACUCACUGGAGGAGGCACAGUCGAUGAUGCCGGCCGUCUCAGCAGCGAAGGCGAAGAAGAAAGGGAAGAGCACCGAGGUCUUCUUCCAUGAUGACUUCGGACCCUCAUCGGAAGCCGGUGUCACUGACGCCCUCUCUCUCCUCUACCCGUCAGAGGCACUGCAGCAGCUGGAGAAGGAGCGACAGCGACUGAAUGACCUGAUCGCCUCCUCUACCGGGAAGAGCGAGACCGACGCUGAGCUGAUGGAGCGCCUGCAAGCGUCCCUGAAGCAGAAGGAAGAAGAAUACUAUCAGCUCCACCGCGACGCCGGCGCAGCAUCGUCAGACGGCGCAGGCGCGGGCGUCAGUGGUGGCUUCCGGUACCGUGAGGUGCCUGCAGAGGACUUCACACUCUCUGUCGAGGAAAUCUUGGCUCUCGAUGAUCGGCAGCUAAACAUGAUUGCCCCCAUGAACUGCUAUGCGGCUUACCUCGACAAGGAUAGCAACGAGCGAGAUCGUCGUCGCAUUGAACGCCGCCGGCAGAAGGGCUUCCGCCAGGUGGACUCCGACCGCACCUCGCGACGCUAUGGAAACGUGAAGAGCACUGCUCUAUUGAACCCAGAGCAAAUAGACGACGAGGAGGGCAGGGCGAUUGUGGCGAACCUGUCUAAGCGCCUACGCGAGGAAGGCGAGGACCCCGAUGCGCCGCUGGAGAUGCCAAACUACGUGCGAGGCCGAGGCCGCGGAAGAGGUGGCGCGCCGGUGGACUCGUCGCGUGACGCGUCGUUCUCUCGAGGCAAGUGGCCACGCACGGAAGGCCGUGGCCGUGCCAGCUGUCGAGGGGGAUUUUUUCCGUCCGUUCGCGGCGGCAGAGGAGGGAGAGGCCAUGGUAGGCGCUAA